GCCGCUUCCUGUGUGUCAUAAGUUUGUCCGCCCUCUACUUCCGGAUCUGUCGUUGAGAGUAGCAGUACGGUUCUUCCUUUCUUUCGGAUAUUAAUAUCAACAAAAUGUCUCUCGUCAUUCCUGAGAAGUUUCAGCACAUUCUUCGUGUCAUGGGCACGAACAUCGAUGGUAAUAGAAAAGUUAUGUUUGCUAUGACUGCAAUUAAAGGUGUUGGUCGACGUUACGCAAACAUUGUAUUAAAGAAGGCAGAUAUUGACUUGGAUAAACGAGCUGGAGAAUGUUCAGAGGAAGAAGUGGAAAAAAUUGUUACUAUAAUGGCAAAUCCUAGGCAAUACAAAAUCCCUGAUUGGUUCUUGAACAGGCAGAAAGAUAUUGUCGAUGGAAAAUAUUCGCAGCUCACAAGUGCCAAUUUGGACUCCAAACUGCGUGAAGAUCUGGAGAGAAUGAAGAAGAUCCGCGCUCACAGGGGCCUGCGUCAUUACUGGGGUCUCCGUGUACGUGGCCAACACACAAAAACCACCGGUCGCCGUGGACGCACAGUCGGUGUGUCGAAGAAGAAGUAAUUUUAUAUAUUUAAAUAUCAGUAUAUAUUGUCGCUAAAUAUAGUAUACUGACUAUCAAUAAAAUUUUUAAAUCUUUAAAUUC